CCUAGGCGUAAUUCAGCUGAGCCGCUGACCUCUGCUUUCCCUGUAUACCACGCCGUUAAACCUUCCCCAUUAACCUCAAACGCCGUUGUUUGCUCAGGUCGUCGCUUAUACGGUGAUCGUCCUGCUCUCCUUCAGCUCUUUUUCCUUCCUUUUGUUUGAACCUUUGCGAUUUGAAGAGAUGAGCAGCGGUCCGGCCCCAUUUUCAGAGAUUGGACGACGGGCUAGAGAUGUUUUGGCUAAAGAUUACAACUAUGACCAGAAGAUCACUAUUUCCAUUCCAAGCGCCACUGGAAUGGGUCUUACAGCAACUGGUGUAAAGAGGGAUCAAAUUUUCGUCGGUGACAUUAGUACACAAUACAAGACUGGAAGGACUACUGUUGAUGUGAAAGUUGAUACGUAUUCAAAUGUAUCAACAAAGGUAACCUUGAAUGAAGUCCUUUCAUCUACAAAAGCAGCAUUUAGUUUCAACAUACCAGAUCACAAGUCUGGCAAGCUUGAAAUACAUUACCUUCAUCCUCAUGCAGCCAUUAAUUCCAGUAUUGGCUUGAAUCCUUCCCCUCUUUUGGAGAUUUCUGGUGCAAUUGGUCUAAAGGAAUUAGCUGUUGGGGGUGAAAUUGGAUUUGAUACUGCUUCUUCUUCUUUUACCAAGUACAAUGCCGGAAUAAGUUUCAACAAGCCCGACUUUUCUGCAGCACUCAUACUGACGGACAAGGGAGAAACCCUAAAGGCAUCAUAUGUUCACACCAUAAAUCCUUUGAGCGGGAAUGAAGUUGCUGCUGAAAUGAUUCACAGAUUUUCUACAUAUGAGAACAGUUUUAGCAUUGGAAGCGUUCACAAAUUUGAUCCUCUCACCACAGUAAAAACAAGAUUCUUUGAUAAUGGUAAGAUUUCGAUGCUGUGCCAACGGGAAUGGAGGCCCAAAUCCCUUGUUACUGUAUCAGCCGAGUAUGACUCAAAGUCCAUUAAUUCAACGCCCAAGUUGGGUCUUGCCGUAGCUCUUAAGCCUUGAGCAAAUUUUGAUGCUUCUCUGGUUGAGAUUAUUUUGUCUGGCACCUUGAUCUUAACUAUUCGAACCAUGUGGUGGUCUACAGUUUGUUUCAAUCAUAUGCGGGUCUAAGAAUUUAGCCUUUUGAUGCAUUUGCUAGCGUCCUCUGUGGGAAAUGGACCCAAUUUUGAUACAUCCACACAAUUAUGCUGAUAAUUUUGAAGAACUUUGUUACCAAAAUGAGCAGCAUAGUUGAUUGUAUCGUAGUUAAUUGCCUGGAAUGGCCGAAAUUGUGGGGUAUUGGAACUGGAAGUGAUCCAUUCUGAGCUCGAAUUUUCAUUGUUGACAAUAAGCAUUUCAGACAGAUUCGGAAGCUUCUUAAUUUGUUGUCGUCUUUACUUCUGGUUUAAUAAGAUGGAGAUGCCUCUGUCCAGGAAAUA